GUUCGGAGAUGACAACGAGUACCGCAACUCCACGUAGGGAGUGACUGCGUUGGUUUUCUUUUUGUUGGAGACCGAGGUGAGUGGAAAUGGAAAAUCAAGAAGGGGAAGCAUCUUCUCAUCCAGGGCAAGGUGAUGCGACUGGUGGGGUUGCACCAAUAGGAGUUCAGGCUGGGGCCAGAGACAUAGAAAGGCUUUUGGCGGCUAUAGCACAGUAUGUUGAACGACAAGCUGGAACUCCAGUUAAUCAGAAUGUCGGAUAGCUAGAGAAAUUCAAUAAGCUUUAUCCAACGGAGUUUGAGGGUACUUUCAAACCUCAAGAGGCAGAGGAUUGGCUGAAAACGGUGGAGAGGGUUCAAACAGCUAUGGGAGUUACUGACGAACAGAAGGUGACCUUAGCAACUUUUACCUUUAAAGGGCAAGCUUUAAUAUGGUGGGAGGCAAGUCAGAGGUUGCUCUCAGCCCCAUUACCCGAUGUUCAGCCACCUGUGCCACAAGUGAUUACAUGGGCGAGAUUUGUGAAGGCCUUUAAUGAUAAAUAUUGUCCUGAGAUGUAUCAUUUUGCGCAAGAAGCAGAAUUUAUCAAUCUUAAGCAAGGGAGUAUGUCGGUGGCCGAAUAUGAUGCCAAGUUUAAUGCUCUUUCAGCUUAUGCUAUGGAUAUGGUGGAUACUGAGGGAAAAGAAGGCAGACGGUUCAGAAAGGGACUGGAGGAUAAUGUUCGAACCAGAAUAACGGCUUAUAAAGAAAAAGAUUAUGCUGAUUUGGUUGACAUGGCAAACAAGGUUGGCAAAGAUGUUGAAGAAAUGUUUGAAAAGCGGGAACAGACUAAGAGAAGCAAAAUUGCAGCCAGUCAAGUUAGGCAAGCAAGCAAAUCUGGUGGUGACUACAAGGGUGGAAGCAAAUUCCAACAUUUGAAGGGGCAAAGUGAUUUCAAACAACAAAGUGGACAAGGGCGAGAGGUGAGUAAGCAAAGCAUGAAUAGGGAAGGUGGAUCAAGUGGUCGAGGGACUUUCUUUUAGUGUUUCUGUUGUGGUUCUCCUGAUCAUCGUGUUAGAGAUUGUCCAGAAGCAGGCAAGGGAAUUAAAUGUUCCAAUUGUGGUGAAAUGGGGCAUAUGUCAACACAGUGUCCAAAAU